CGGGUUCAGCUAUUGAGACCAUGCGCCCAAUUAGCAUGGGCCGGAAUGAUCUGCUCCAUGGACAGCCCCAGUAUGAAUAUGACAACCGUCUCCACGCACCCGCACUUGCAACUAGUAACAGUAGUUCAAGUUUUAGCAGUCCUAGCAGCAAAUCGAUGCACUCCACGCUCCGUAUAGAGUAAUCUUCAGUAGUGCUUAAUACCAUACCACUAUGACGGUAAUUCGAAGCUCUUGUACGGAGUACUCCAAUGCCGACAGCUCGGCAGGAUUGUUCUCUGCAAUGAAAGUAAAAGUCAGAACAUUUC